GCCUUAAACGAGGCAUUGCCAUUUAUUUCUCUCCAUCUCAUUCUCAACUCUUUCUCUCCUUUCUUUCUAUCUUCUUUUCUUGCUAGAUUCAUUAUUUUCUUUGAAGAAGUUGCCUCUGCCCUUGCUAAUUUCUUCCAUUGACCAAGCAAGGUGGAUUCAGGAAGAGAUCCCAUAACUCAUCAUUCUAAUUAAUCUAUCGUAGCUAGCCAAUUUCUAGAUCAAGCUCAAUUUUCACACCAAAUCAUUCUGAAGGAAAUUAAAGCUCCCCAUGGGAGAUGAAGCGAGAUAGAUGAAGUGCGAGGGAACAGAAAUAAAAUAAAUUUAUGCAACAUUAAAAGUUUUGAUUUAAUUGAAUGGCCACGGGCGGGGAGAAGCCUGAGAAUAGUGGUCCGGCAACGACCUCCGGUGGCAGCGCUGUGGGAGGUGACAAUCUUGAUCAGCAUAAUACACAUGCUAAGAAAAGGGAGAAAACGACACCGUCCAGCUCAUCGGAGUCCUCGUGGGGGGAGCCGGUGGAGAGCACGGCCAGCGCCAAAAACACGAAAUCCAACCCGGCGGCGGACGAUGGAUCGCCGCCAACGGAGAAAGUACUCGAUGACCCGGACUGCUAUCGGAUCCCGUCGGAGGUGUUUUCCAGGACGAAAUCAUCGACGCCGAUGGAUUGGAGCGUGGCGUCGAACGAAUCCUUGUUCAGCAUCCAAAUGGGAAACAUGAGCUUCACAAAGGACCACGCCUUCUUGUUGGGGAAAUCGGACGAGUUGGGCUACGACCCAGCUAUGUCCAUGGGCUUAAGCCCAAUGGCGAGCCCUAUGCGGGACCGACCGCCCAUCAGCAGCAGCCCAGCCAAGAGUAGUAGUAAUAGUGGCAGCCCCAAGCCCGCUGAAACGGCGACGCCUCCGCCUCCGUCGAAAGACAAGAAACCGGACACUGGAGGGGGCGGGACGCCGUCAAGUGUGACGCAGCAGGAAAUCAAACAGAAUGAGAGUGGCGGUGGCGGCGGCGUGGAGCAGCAGAAUCCGACCCAAGUUGCCAAGGAUCCGUCUUUCCACUCGGCCAGCCUUCGCCGGAGCUCCACUGCCAGUGGGGCCAGCGUCAAAUCUUUCGCCUUCCCAAUAUUGACGGGAGAUGGACAACACCGGUCGACGCAAUCGCAGUCACAACCGCCGACACCUCAAGCGGCUCAACAAGAACCCGUGACUCCGCGAUCGGAUAGAGACAACGUUAAUAACAAUAAUAGUAAGUCGUCGCAGCCGUCGACGCCAAAAUCAGGGGAGAAUAAAGGGAAUCAGGGUGGUGGUGCUGCCGGCGGUCAGGGUAGUAAAUGGUUUUCUUGUUUUCCCUGUUGCCCUUCACGUACUUCAUGAUCGAUGUUAUAUUAGCACACCAAAAAAGAAAAUAAUAUAACUCAGGAACAAAGUAAACAAGAACCACAGAAAACUGUACAAGGACACAAAUCACUGUAUGUUCAAAAUGUUGCUCCCUUCGGCAACUCGCUUACGUGGCGUGUGUUGGUGUAUGCUAAAUUUAGUUCUAUAAGUUAAUCAAAUAUAAUAUUAUUAUAAAUAUAAAAGAGGUGUUGUUAGUAGAGAUUAUUCG